UUGGACGCGAUCGCAGGAGCAGGUGUUGUCGGGCGUUUUCGGAGUUCUUGCCUAGCGUCGGGCGUGCAGAACUGAGCCCGGCUUGGGUUGCAUGGUUUCGUGGUACCGACCUUGUGUCUCCUCACCUCCUCCCUCCUUGCACCGACACUCACGCCACAGGAUGCGGGGCGUCUCAGCCCAUGGUCUCUCUCAUGAGGAGAGAAGGCAGCUGGCUGUGGACCUCACCCGCGUCCUAGCUCUCUACCGUUCCAUCCUGGACGCCUACAUCAUCGAAUUUUUCACGGACAGCCUGUGGGAUACACUCCCCCACUCAUGGCAAGAAGCACUGGAUGGAUUGAACCCACCACAGCUGGCCACCCUGCUGCUGGGAAUGCCCAGGGAAGGGGAGGAGGUGAGGUACAGGUCUGUGUGGCCACUCACCCUACUGGCCCUGAAGUCCACAGCUUGUGCCCUCGCCUUUACCCGGACACCUGGCUUUCACACCCCAUCAGAGUUCCUGGAGAACCCCAGCCAGAGCUCCCGACUAACAGCUCCUUUUCGGAAACAUGUCAAGCCCAAGAAGCAGCAUGAGAUCCGGAGGCUUGGAGAGUUGGUGAAGAAGCUUAGUGAUCUCACUGGCUGCACCCAGGUUGUGGAUGUAGGCUCAGGCCAGGGCCACCUCUCCCGCUUCAUGUCUCUGGGGCUGGGGCUGAUGGUGAAGAGCCUUGAAGGGAAUCAGAGGCUGGUAAAGAGAGCUCAGCAUCUAGACCAGGAGCUCCUGAAUGCUCUGGACAAAAUGGAGAAGAGGCACCCAAAGAUGGUGCAAAGAGGCCCUCGCCACCGGCCCCACCACGUGGCUCAGUGGGUCAGCCCCACAGCUCUGUGUGAGGAGCUUCUGCUUCCUCUGGAGAUGCCAGGCCAUAGUAGUGCACGUCUGCUACUCACGGGCCUUCAUGCUUGUGGGGAUCUUAGUGUUGCCUUGCUGAGACACUUCUGCUGCUGUCCUGAAGUGGUGGCCAUGGCUUCGGUGGGCUGCUGCUACAUGAAACUCAGUGACCCUGGCAGCUACCCACUGAGUCAGUGGAUAGCUGGGCUGCCUGGCCAUGAACUACCCUACAGGCUCCGGGAGGGAGCCUGCCAUGCUCUGGAGGACUAUGCGGAGAGAUUACAUAAAGCAGAGCCUGGCCUGCAAACACACUGCUUCCGUGCAGCACUGGAGACAGUCAUCCGACAAGUCUGCCCUGAGCUUCGGAGGCCUGGUGUGCAAGGAAUCUCCAGGGUUCAUGAACUCAAGAUUGAAGAAUAUGUGCAACAAGGGUUAAAGCGAGUGGGUCUGGACCCCCAGCUGCCUUUGGAUCUGGCUGCCCUCCAGGCCCACCAGGCCCAAGAGAAUCGUGUGGUGGCCUUCUUCAGCUUGGCCCUCCUGCUGGCCCCACUGGUAGAGACAUUGAUUCUGCUGGACCGGAUGCUCUAUCUUCAGGAGCAAGGCUUCUAUGCUGAGCUCUUGCCCAUCUUCAGCCCUGAACUCUCUCCCAGAAAUCUGGUUCUGGUGGCCACCAAGACGCCCCUUGGUCAGGCCUUCCCUACCCUUGAGACUGAAGACAACUGACAGUCUGAACUCACCAGUACCAGUAUGGCUGGAUACCAUAACUUCAGAUUUGUACCCUUUCUUUCUCUUCAUGUGUAAAGUAAUACGGUGUGAUUUUUAUUUAUAAAGCUUUU